AUGGCUGACCCCCGCCGGCGGCGCCGCCUCGGCAAUGUCGCCGCCGCCAGACAGACGGAGCAGAAGCAGAAGGACUACCUGCACCUCAUCAAGGCAGCCGGCUUCCGAGGGAACUGGCGAGAAGUCGCGGCUUUAGUCAGCGAGAUGGGAGGGAAAGGAGUCAAGGGCAACGUGUACAUCUAUAACACCGCCAUCGCCGCGAUGGCGCGUUGCGGCCGCCCGCGGGAAGCCGAGGCAUUGCUCACCGUCAUGCUCGAGCGCGACUCCAUUGCGCCAGACACGAUAUCCUACAACUCGGCCAUCAACGGGCACGCGCGUUGCGGGGACCUGGACGCAGCCCGGCGCCUUCUGGGCCGCAUGACGGAACUAGCCUCCAGCGGCGCUCUUUUGCACCCCGACCAGUUCACCUACAACGCCGUCGCCAACGCGGCCGCGAAGAGAGGGGACGCGGUUGCCGCCGCUGAAGUCCUCAAGACGAUGGCGGAGGCAGGCGUUACUCCGAACAUCAUUACCUACAACUCUUGCCUGGCGGCGUGCAAAGCCAAAGGUGACCUGCGAAGGGCAGAAGUGCUGCUGGAGAUGAUGAGGGAGGACGGGAUAGAUCCAGAUCAGAGGAGCUAUUCGGCCGCCAUCGCCACCGCCGGCAUCUGUUUCUCACCCAACCGUAUCGGCAACCCGUUUGUCCACUCACUGCUGCGGCAUACUCGCUUUCAACCGUAUCCCCCCCGCCGCUCCUUUCCCCCCCGCAGUCGCGGCCUUUGGGAAGAGGUGCAAGGUUUCCUAGAGACCAUGAGAAAAGAGGGUUUGACGCCUGACACGGUGACAUUCAAUACGGCCAUCAAGGCGGUGGCUGACAACGGGCAGUGCGACGUGGCGUUUUCGUUGUUGGCCGAGAUGAAGAACGAGGGCCUGACGCCUGACCAGAUCAGCUACAACGGCGUGCUGGGUGCGUGUGGGAACGCCGGGGAGUGGAAGGCCGCGCUCCGGCUCUUGGAAGACAUGCGACAAGCAGCAGUCACCCCCAACGCGUACAACUACUCCGCUGCAAUGGACGCUUGCGGGAAAGCCGGCCGGCAGCGAGAGGCCCUCGCCCUUCUCGGGCACAUGCGGAAGGCCGGGGUCCGGGCGGACACCGCCUGCUACAACGCCGCCAUCGACGCCUGCUCCGUGGCCAUGGACUGGACCGCGGCCCUUCAGCUGCUGCAGGAAAUGAAACUCGGGGUAGCCGGCGCCGCGAGCGACGGCGCCCCCGGGGGAGGGGACACGGCAGGCGUCGAGGCACCCCCCCCGCCUGAUGUCGUGAGCUACGCGAGCGCCAUAACGGCGUGCGCACGCGCACGGCGCGUGGACGAAGCCCUCGGCCUUCUGUCCGAGUUGCGGAUGAACGAGGCGCAGGCGGCCGCGGCCGCGGUAAGAGGGGGCUUGAGGAACGGGAGUGGGCGGCGGGCAGGGUUGCCAGUGCCUAACGUGGUGGCGUAUUCGGCGGGGCUGUUCGCGUGCCUGAAGGCCGGGGACGUGGCGCGCGGGGCGGAGUUGCUGGACGAAAUGAUCGCGGCCGGCUUGCGCCCGAACAAGAUUCAUUGCGACACUAUGGUUGCGGCAUGGUCCGCGGAAGGAAAACCGGAGCGCGCCGUGGCCCUCAUGAGGCGCCUGCAGUCCCAUGGCUUUGAGCCUUCGCUCUACACCUACGAGACCAUAGUCUGGGGAUUUGCAAAGGAGGCGAAUUGGGCAGCUGCGGUUCGCUUCCUGGCGUACGUGCUUGGCCUGGGGCUGCAGCCGAGCGUUCGGUCGUGGGAUGCCGCCAUCGCAGCUUGCUCGCAGGCGGGCCACUGGGAGCGGGCGCUCGCCCUGCUGGCGGACAUGAGGAAGCAGGGCAUUCGCCCGAGUAAGGUUACGUACACCGCUGCCGUGGUGGGGAUCAACCGCCGGCGGUUCACCGACUGGGCUCCGGAGCUUGCGAACAUCGCGCGGCUCCUUCAGAACGGGCCGGGGUCCAACGGCGGCGGCGGCACCGCCGCAACACAAGAAGGAGGAGAAAAGGCGGGAGCCGACGGGGGUGGGGGCAAGGGGGAAGGAGGGGGUGGGGGGCGCGGGAGCGGCGGCGGCGGGGGGCCGUCCCCGGAAGAGCUGGACUGCUCGAUAGAGGCCCUCGGGGACGCCGACGAUGCCGGAGGCGCUACAAGCCUGCUGAGGGUGAUGCGCCGGGAGGGUUUCCACGCGUCGCCGAGGGCCUACCGGUCGGUCGUCUACGCCUGCGCGAGGGUUGGGCUGCUCGACGAAGCCAUGACGCUAGCGAAGGAGAUGCAGAGCUCCAGCAGCAGCGCGUUCGCGGCGCAGCGGCAGCAGGCUGUUGUUGAGCGGCCAAAGCGACUACGAGAACAGCAACCACCGUCGUCUUUCAAUGAUGACUGCGAGGUCGAAAACAGAAGCAUCGCAGAAGAAACCCCUGCGGACGAGCCUCGGGCGCUGGGAGACGGGGCUUCUCUUGGUGCAGCGGCGAGUUUCGCCGAACGGGGACUGGAAGAAGAGGCUGAGAGGGAAGCAGGGAACGGUGGCAUAGCCUCGGAGUUGGUACCGCGCGGAGUCUCAUCGACAGGGGCCGCCUCGGGUGAAGACUGCGCCCAAGAGGAGACUUUGGUGGCUAGCAACGAUAGGAGCAACAGCAACCUUGGCGCUGUCAACGAAGACGAGGACGGGGCGGAGUUUGACCUCGCGAUGGUGUACAACUGCAUCAUCUGCAACUUCGCCCGCGCGGCGACGGGCGACGGCGGCGGUACCGGGGGUGUCUGCGACCACCGCGUCGGGAGGGCUCCCGCCGGCGCGUCAGUGCUGGCGGUAGCUGAAAAGGCAGCAGCUGUAGCUGCAUCAGCGGUUGCGGAGGAGACGGGAGUCGGCGGUGGGGAGCGAGGAGGGAGGAGCGGUCCUGGCAAGGACGGGGGGCGGGCGGAAGCGCGGGGUGGCGACGUGCCGGGAGAAGGGCUCGUUGCCCUCUUGUUUGGUGUCGCCGAACGAGCCGAAGGAUCGCUCACGGACGAGGCGGCCAAUGGCGGAGUUGAGAUCGACCACGACGAGGAGGUUGCAUGACACGACAGCAGUGUUGGCCCUGCCAUAUGUUUCGCUCCAUCUUGGUUUGUGUCGGCAAUGGUUGGAAUGGUGGUGGUGGUGGUUAUGGUGGUAGUAGACGAAGAUAGGUUCGGGGAUGGAGUCUGCUUAAGAGGGCUGGAAGCUGGGAUUAUCUCUGCCCGAACAUGUACCUAGUAUAGGUGUUGCAGCUCUAAUCACGUCGAAUGUAGAGAAGUGGCAAAAACCCAUCCUUACCGCGUUUCUUCCUUGCUUACUUGAGGGGGUUAUGAGGCGUGGCAAAUGUAUAUCCGCGGCGUGGCGUAGUCGACUCUCUUCGAUAUUUUUUGUGUAUCCUAAGUGUGUUGCUCUUGAAGUUUGAUCCCGCGUGGUUCAUAUGAUCGUCCUCGAAGGAUGCUAAAAGCCCGUCCGUCCUCUCCUUUUUUGCAAGGACUUGUUGUAGGAGGAAGAAAUAUUUUGAUCACAGGCAUUGCUGCCCUCGUUGUAAGAAGCACAACACUCGCAAGAGGCCAGGCUCAUA